AUGGGAGCCGAUGCAUCACUUCCAAUGGAAAUGUGUAGCAAUUGUAAGUCCAUCGAAAAACGUCAAAAAUCAAUUCAAAACCCUUUUUAGUCGAUGCUUAUGAAUUGCGUCGUUUGACACGUCGUUUCAAAAAACUUGAUGUUGACGGAAGUGGAAGUUUGUCAGUCGAAGAAUUCAUGUCACUUCCCGAACUUCAGCAAAAUCCACUCGUUCAACGAGUUAUCGAUAUAUUUGACGAGGAUGAUAAUGGCGAAGUAGAUUUUCGAGAAUUCAUUCAAGGAAUCUCACAGUUUAGUGUCAAGGGUGACAAAAACACCAAACUUAAGUGUAAGUUUUUCGUUUUUUUCUUUCCUCAGAAUAAUUCAAAUUUUUCAGUCGCUUUUCGAAUUUAUGAUAUGGAUAGAGAUGGAUUUAUUUCAAAUGGUGAACUUUUCCAGGUGAGUAUUGAAACUUUAUUUGUACAGAAAGUUGA